UCUCUGUGCGUAUUCCAACAGAGUAACAGUUGCUACAGUCGGUUAGGCCACAGUGACAUUUUAUGAGGACCCCCUAGUGGCUGCCAAUGAAAUAGUAUUAGAGUAUAAUGUCUCUAUCAUUUUUAAAAAUAUAUGUUUGGUGACAGUGGCCAUUUAAUGCAGUUUGAUGCUUGUACACAAUCCAGGCCGGCAGAACUGUUAGUUGCGACAACUUUAAAAAAUGGCAGCUUUUUUGGCAAAACUCUGGUUUAUAUUUGGAAUUUUCCUAUCACGCCCAUUAUUGUUUUUCUGUAUUCCCAUUUCAUGUGACUUUGAGCCUCUCAUUGGAGAUGAUGCCAUGUUCUGCAGUGGUAACAUCCGAGUCAUAUACCCGAACAUGGGCGAAGUUUCCUGCAUUUACAUACCAAACUGCUUCGAGUACCCAGAUAGCUUAACCCAAGUUUGGGGCCCCCCUUGGAUCAAAUUCUCCAAAGCCAAAAGCGAAAAAAUAUAUACCUUGAUAAUGGUGGACCCUGAUGCUCCAAGCAGAUACCAGCCAAUAUACAGGUUCUGGAGACACUGGUUAGUUAGUGAUAUACCUGGUCGUGUUCUGCUUCGUGGAAGAAAUGUAACAGGAAAUGUGUUAUCUUCAUACCGUCAACCAAAUCCACCGGCAGGGACAGGAUAUCACAGAUACCAAUUCCUGCUCUUCAUGCAAUAUCCAGGAGUUUCCCCAUCACUGCUCCCUGAGGAAGAACAUCUGGAAUCAUGGGAUAUGAAUGCUUUUGUUUUACGCUGGAUCCUGGGAAACCCAGUCGCUACUACUCAAUUUAUGAUCCAACAUCCUGACCACUCAUCUUGAAUUUGAGAAUUAAACUUAAUUUAUG